AUGGGCCGUAAGAAAAUACAGAUAUCGCGGAUCACCGACGAACGCAAUCGCCAGGUUACAUUUAACAAGAGAAAAUUUGGCGUAAUGAAAAAAGCAUAUGAACUGAGUGUGUUAUGCGAUUGCGAAAUUGCUCUAAUCAUAUUCAGCAGCUCUAAUAAAUUGUAUCAAUAUGCUAGUACAGAUAUGGAUAAAGUAUUGCUAAAAUAUACAGAGUACAACGAACCUCACGAAUCGCUCACCAACAAGAAUAUCAUCGAACAAUUGAACAAAAAAGAACUUAAAGGUGGUGCCUUGAGCCCUGAAAGCCCAGACGAAAGUUGUGAUGGUACACAAGGACCAUACCAACUUACACCAAGAACUGAAGCAAAAUACAGUAAAAUUGAUGAAGAGUUCCAGCUGUUGAUGCAACAUCAAAGAAUGGCCAGAAAUAAUGUAAGUGCUAACUAUUCACUUCCCACCACUAUGCCUGUAAACAACAUGUAUAAUGACUCUGGGAACUUACAACUGCAACACAAUGCUAGCCCAAGACCUCCAUCUUCGUCUGAUGCUGAUUCUGUUUAUCCCCCUGGUAGUAUGUUGGAAAUGAGUAAUGGAUACCAAGCAUCUUCUUCGCCUGCACUAGUCAACUCACCUUCUUCUCCGGGGCAACUAGUCAUGUCACCAUCGCCUACGCCCAAAGCCUUAAAUGCCUCUAAUAGGGCUACUCCACCGCCUAGACAUCAUUCGCCUAGACCUAAUUUGCGUAUCGUCAUGCCCAAUGCUCCUAGUCAUCACGAAGAUAAUAAUGCAAACUCAAUUAACACGCCAACUGUCUCUCUAAACACACCAGUUGUAGCGCUUCAUACACCUGGAUUGGGUGGAUCUUAUCAUGGUAUUUUUACUGAUCUAACAUCUACUGACAUGGGUCUUUCAUCAGCAUUGAAUUGGUCUAAUCAACUAGCACACAACAGUGGAAUGUCUCAUCUAGGGGUACCAAAUUCAUCACCACCUUCGUCGCCAUCACCAAAUUCCGUCCGCAUUAAAAGCGAGCCUAACUCGCCACCACAUUUACAUCACCAUACGUCUUCAGCAACCUCUGGAACAGCACCUAAUACUGUUGUUUCACAUUCUAUCAGUCAUUUAUCUUUACCACAUGCUCAUACUUCAAUACCGUCCCAUCACUUGUCUGUCACAGAACGUUUUAUACUAGGCGGACAGUUGCCCAGUAAUCAGAGCUUAGUAGAUUCAAGACACGACUUUGAAGGAGGACCACCACCAAAAAGAUUGCGCGACACUUGGCCUACAUGA